AAACUAAAAAUUGAAAAACCUUUAUGGUGGAAGAGUUCGUUUGAAAAGAUCUCAUGGAUGCGGCGCGUUGGCACUGACAGCGAUGCUCCCUACCAUUGCACCUCUGUAAACUGAAAAAUUCAGGGCUCUUCCCAAAAAUGUCGUUUACUUCAGGAAUAUUUAAUCUGAAUGAAGAAAAGAAAAAGUACAGGCUGAUGUGAAAUGAGAGCAAUUGCUUCCCGGGUCCCAUUCAUCGCAUCUCCCGCAUCUGCGGGUCAUGUGACCGCCGUGCAAAUCAUCCGACAGGUCUUCGAAACAAUGCAGCGAUGCAACAAAACACAAGCACAGUCGAGCUUCAAGAGAUAUAGACAAAAGCGAGGGGCUUGCGCGGAUCUAAAAGAAAACGUUCCGUUCUGGAACACGACUAUGGAUGCCCUAGCAAAUUUCAAAGACUACGCGUCUCGGUCGCGUCUCCGGUUUCAUGCAGACCUCAGAGGCGUGUCCACGCCUGGGUGUGAAAUUUCUCAGUCUAAGCUUGUUGGUACACUAGCGUUACCUUUUUUCUAUUCCCGCCGGAAAUCAACAAUUAGCAUAUCAAAACAGAAACACCAUGUCCGCUGAGAAAAAAAUCAAAGCUUCCGACCAACUCAAGGUUUUUCUCCGCUCGGAAAAGGCAACCGUGCCCACCAAAGGCUCAGCUUUGGCUGCUGGGUAUGAUCUCUAUGCCUCUGAGGAUUGCCGUGAAACACGGAAUU